AUGCAGGGCCUACUGCUUGACUCAGCUGCGUCAUCACCUUCGCCUUCGACCAGCACCUCUUCAUGGGAUCGAAAGAAGAGAACAAGCAUUUCUUUCGGAAAUGUGAACGAAACGACCAGCUUACAUGGACGUCCAAGAAAAAUGACAGAACGGGCUGUAGAACUUCUACAAAAUCAUAAAGAUCGAGAAAAGUUCAAACGAAGUGCUGUUAAAGGGGACUCUGUCGAUGCUGAGGGCAACGAGCGAUGGUGUUUUUGUAGAGAGGUGUCAAGUGGAAGUAUGAUAUGCUGUGAUGAUCCGGAGUGUAAAUAUCAGUGGUUCCAUUUUGAAUGUGUUGGUCUAGUUGUUGAACCGAAAGGACAGUGGUUCUGCUCGGAAUGUUCUAUGAAAAAGCGCUGA